AGGCGGCCAUGUUGGAGCGGCGGAGGCGGCGCAGAGGUGCGUCCUGGGUCCCCGCGGCGGCGCCGGCAGCCAGAUAGGUAGAUGUUACUGCUUCCAGGAGUCCUUCCCUAACCUAUUAGAAGCUGGCUUGGAUAACACCAUCUGCUUCUAAGAACCUUUAAUGACAGCUGCGUCUUCACUUCCAGACUGGGUUCUUUGAGGAUUGAGGUGCCCAGUGCUGGUUUGUGGAUACCCAGGCAGACCUGCAGUGCCCAAUGCCAUGAGCAUGGUAGUGCAGCCUGUGGAGGAGAAAGCUGUGCACUCGUGGUCACGUAUCUCCACGGCAGGGAAGAAAGCCCUGGAAGAGGCCCUGCUUGUGUUUAAUCCCAUGAGCCAGGAUCUCAGUGCCACAGAGGCCCAGCUCGUGGCCUUCCUCCAGGGUCUGCGAGAUGAUGGCUUCCAACCGACCAUUCUUCGAAGUGGAGAUGUCUAUGGUUAUAGUUCAUGCACAGCCAGCCCCCCCAGCCAGACAAAGCUACAAGCUCGUACCAUCAACCCACCUGCCACAUCACUUCCCAAAACUGCUGUGUCGGUCCCUGCAGGCCGGGCCACCUUGCUCCCUGUGCCACUGUCUGGCAGGCUGGCUACAGGGUCCACAGCAGCCCUAGCCAAACACGCCACCACUAACCUGCUGCUGAGCUCCCUGAAGCAGUCGGGUGCCAGCAACAGCGGUGGUACAACAGUGGGCUUCCCAGCCCACCUCUAUCCAGGCGUCUACCCUGCCAUGCGGCUCUCUGUGGUCCUUGAAGCACUGGUCCCACUCAAGACUCCCUACUUGGAUGUUAAGCACAGGGCACAGUCACUGCGGCUGUCACUUGCAAAGUCUCCCCUGAAAGUGAGGAAAGGUUCAGGGAACCCAAAGUCCAAAGCACCCCAAAAAAUCACAAGCAAGGGCCUCAAAUAUCUGACUAGCAAAGGCCCUGGAGCUGGUCUCCAACGAGGUGCUGGAACCCAGAGCAAUGGCGCCCAAAGGAAAGGGUGCUCUGCCUUGGGCCCCAAAACUGUCCGGGCCAAGGCAUCUCGAACCCUGAUCAAAGCUGCUCGCGCUCAUGCCAAUGUGGCUCGAACCCAGACCAAGACAGUAAGGGUCAGGGCCAAAGCAAAGCAGGCCAAGCCCAAGGCAGCCAGAGCCAAAGCCAAGGCCGCUGUGGUGAGGGACAAGGCUAAAGACAAGGUAAUCCAGGCCAAGGCCAAAGCAGCCCAGACCAAGCACAAGGGAAGGCCAAAUGGAUCUGUUCAGACCAGAACUGGAAAGGCAAACCGGAAAAACAGCUCUGAGACUGUGGGGCGGAAGAGGAAGAAGGCCGAGGAGACCAAGGGUCUUCCACCUAAGAAGAGAGCACGGUGUGUGCCCCGACCUCCUAAGGUAUGGCUGGGGCCUGGAACGGCAAAACCUCGAAAGUCCCAGACCAUAAAGGUAGACAGGAAGUGCUCAGAUGACGAGGUCCGACAGUGUGCCCAGCAGAUCCUCCGUGUGAAUCUCUCUCCCGUGGUAUGGCUCCAGCCCUUGCUACCAUUUUGAUCCCAUACUCAACAUCCUAAGCCCUUGCAGCAGUACUUGGGAAAACAGUGGAGCUGUCUGUGUGACCAGCUGCAUUGUGCAGUGCUCGGGACUCUGCAGCUUCCCGGAUUCUGGGGACCUCCGGGACCCCUGUGGUCCCCAACAUCCUUUCAGAAACUGAGGGUUUGGGUGGGGCGGGUUGUGGGAGGGGUGUUCUCAUGGCUCAACGCACUGUGACUUGUUCUUCAGAUUGUAUGUCCACGUUCAUCUAUCAUGUUUUAUACCUUUCCACCUUGCGGUCUCCUUGCUCACCCUCCAUGGUCUUAUUUAUCAAAAAAAAAAAAAAAAUUUUUUUUUUUUGUUUUUUGGUGUGUGGGAGGUAGUGGCAAGAGGCUAUCAGAAGUCUAGGAGCAGGCUUGGAGAGAGUGCCCUGGUAGCUUGAAGCAGGUCAUUAAUUUAAAUGAUAGGGUGACAUUAAAGGAAUGAUGUUCUCGGGGUUCUGGAGAGAUAUGGGGAAAUUCAGGUGCUGGUUUCUGGGAAUGUGUUGAGAGAGAUCCUGAGGGGAGGGUUAGAGCCACUACCUCUCCUCGAAUGUCCCAGUUUUGAACCAGAUGGGCCUCAUUCAAAAUUGUUUGCAGCUCAGUGGGAAAUCCGGCACCAAGCAGGUUUUUAGGCCAGGGAAAGAAGUCUUUGUGGUGUUGCUCUCCAGAGGCCCAGCUUUAAGGUUCUGCCUGAGCUUCUCUUGGCGGAGGAAACAAACUUAAGAGGCUUGAAGUGCCUCUUUUCUGCUUUACGGUGACUAGCCUCAAUUUUCCCAAUUGGUGACAAGAGGCUAGGCUCUGAAUCUGGACCACAAAACCUUCCUUACUGUCCAGAGCAUUUUCUCUGUGGUAACGGGCGAUGGAACCAGGGACAGACUCAUUUCCACAGGCUGGCUCCAUCUUUAUCCAUGAUCCAGCCUCACCAUGUCCCCUAACGUGACCCGUACACAGUGGACAUUGGUAGCUUCUGCUUUGGAGAAGCUGGGCCCUCAGUGGAAGCAGCUGCUCAGGCUGGAAGGUAGUGUUGAGGCGGAGAACCUGCAGUCCUUGUACUUGGGGAUUUGACUAUGAGUUUGAGGUCAGUAUCAGCCACAUAGUGAGACUCUCUCUGCCUGUCUUUUGUUUGUCUUUUGAGACCGGGUUUCUCUGUGUAGCCCCAGCUGUCCUAGAGCUUAACUUUGUAGUCCAGGCUGGCCUCAGACUCAGAGAUCUGUCCGCCUCUGGCCAAUCACUGGAAUUAAAGGCGUGGGCCACCUGACCAAGCCAGGGGAAUGAAUGGCUUACUGGCUAAGAGGAUUGAGCUGCUUUCCCAGAAGACCCUUUUGUGACUCCCACAAAAGGCAGCUCACAGAUGCCUGUAUCCAUCUCCAGGGGUCUCACAUCCAUGAUCACAGGCAGACAGACACAUACAAAUAAAUCUUUUAAAAAAGA